AUGGCCUCUACCGAGCAGCCCAAUGGUACCCACUUUCCCUCUCUACCUCACAAUAUCUCAGCACAAGAGGGUAGGAUAGAGCCGGCAUCGGAUAGCCGGCUAGCUCUGUCCUUGACACCUCCCCUCCAGCCUACGUCAUCCGAGGAUGCUAACUCCGCCCACCCACAAGGCCGAACCUCCAUCGCCCGUGAAACCGUCGUCCCGGCCUGGAACGCCCAGGCUCUCCUUGCCCCUCGCAAAGUCGCGGCCCUCUCGUCUCAACCACAACAACUCCCCCCCAGACGCGACGUACCGAAGCCCAAGUCUCAUCUCCCAUCGGCUCCGCCCCUCAGCUCCAAUGGUGACGGCCUCGUUUUCCAGUUCGCCAGUCCUUCCGCCAGCGACCCGCUUUCGUCUAACCUGCCUUCCACCUCAUCCACACCCGUGACCGACGCACCUUCCACUCCGAUUACCCAAAAUCAACCAUCUGGUUUGGGAGGUAUGAUAGAGCGUAUCAACGCCGUACAAGAUCGAGCCUCGGCACCUGUUGUCAAGCGCCGGAAGCUGGACACGCCCGAAAGCGACGUCCUCCCCCCCGCAGACAAUAAGAAGACUAUGACAUCCGGUGGUACAGGUGUUCUUGGCGCCUACGUCAAAGAAAGGCGUGACGAGGGCAAGCAGGACAGCUCGGCCAGGGGAACCCAAACGGUCGACUUGACAGAAGGAGAUGACAUAGAAGUUGUUCGAGAUCCCGGCUCGGAGGAAGUCUGCUACGGGAUGCUUGGCGGCACCCUCCAGUGCCAUACCGUUCCGUCCGCUAGGCCCGGCGCCAAGAGCAUUUUUGGGGACGGCUGGUAUCCCCAUGUCAAAGUCGUUCUGAAAAGGCUCGCCGGUGAUAGGACGCUGCGGCUCCAGGCUUAUGAUUUCACCCGGGAGAUCAUCGGCAACGUCGAUGAAAGGACCGCCGAGGCUCUUGUGCCGCUGCUCGAUGCCAACAUCCGUGUCCGAACCGACUGUCGCAUCCCGGCACGAAAAGGAUUGCCCAACGAGGAACCCGGGAAACCGACCUCCAAGGCUUACCCACUUGAAAUCAUCCUCUAUGGACCGAUGCAAUUCGCGAAGGCCAUUGGAGGUCACUUACUCGCCCGCUCGAUGAACCUGCGUCACCCUAACAGAGUUGACAAGGGCAUCAAGUACAUGAAUCCCCAGGCAGGCGCCAACGACCGCCCUGCUGCCAGGAAGCCUGUCGUCGUACAACAUGUACAUGGCCACCACGGAUAUACACCUGGCACCAAUAUUACUCCCCGGACCGUGGAGGAGAUUCGCUCCGAUGUUCUGGGCGUGUUUGAUUCUCUCGGAAAGACCGACGACCUCCCCGAACAGGAGCCGCCGGCCAUGAUCGUCACGCCGCUACUAAAACACCAGAAGCAAGGCCUCUACUUCAUGUCUCACAAGGAGACUACUUUGACACCCGAAGAGCGGCUCAGGAGCUCGUACUAUCGGAUCCGGACGGGUCCUCACGGCGAGAAGGUGUUUUACAACGUGGUGACGGCACAUGCCGAACGUCGUCUGCCCCCUCAGACUCGUGGCGGCAUUCUAGCCGACAUGAUGGGUCUGGGCAAGACUCUAACCGUCCUCGCCCUGGUUUGCUCCUCACUUGACCAGGCGCGACAAUGGGCAGGUGUGCCUCCCGUUCAGCCAGAAACGCCGCCUCUUAAAAAUGGUUCGUCAGCGUCCAACAACUCGAGUCUCGGCCUCACCCAGUUGAAAAGGAACGCGAAGACGACGCUCUUGGUCUGCCCGCUGAGCACCGUGACGAACUGGGAAGAGCAAAUAAAGCAGCAUAUCGCCCCGGGGUCCCUGAGCUACUAUGUCUACCACGGCUCCAGUCGCAUCAAGGACAUCGGGAGGCUGGCUCAGUACGACUUGGUCAUCACUACGUACGGUUCCGUCUCGAGCGAACUCAGUGCACGCAGCAAACGCAAGGCGGGCCAGUAUCCGAUCGAGGAGAUUGGUUGGUUUCGCAUUGUGCUUGACGAAGCGCAUAUGAUCCGCGAAGUCAACACGUUGCAGUUCAAGGCGGUGGUGCGCCUCCAGGCGAGCCGAAGAUGGUCCGUCACGGGCACGCCGGUGCAAAACCGGCUAGACGACUUGGCGGCAUUGCUGCAGUUUCUCCGGCUGAAGCCUUUCGACGAUCGCAACAAGUUCAACAGGUUCAUCAUCGACCCUUUCAAGAACUACGAUGCAGAGAUCAUCCCCAAGCUCCGCAUCCUCGUCGACACCAUCACGCUCCGGCGACUCAAAGACAAGAUUGACCUCCCGCCUCGCACGGACGAAAUCAUCAAGCUCGACUUCACGCCAGAGGAGCGCCAGGUGUACGAUUUGUUCGAGAAGAAUGCCCAAGAUCGUGUCAAGGUCCUUGCUGGUGACGGGACCGGGGUGGGCAAAGCCCUGGGCGGACACACCUACAUCCAUAUCUUGCGGUCCAUUCUUCGUCUUCGUCUCCUGUGCGCGCACGGCAAAGAUCUACUCAACGGAGAGGAUCUGGAGGCCCUGCAAGGCAUGACGGCGGACAUGGCUAUUGACCUUGAUAGUGACGAGGAAGAUGACACCAAGCCAGCUAUGAGUGACCGCCAGGCUUACGAGAUGUUCGAGCUGAUGCAGGACACCAACACGGACGCGUGCUCCGUUUGCGCGAGGAAGCUCGGCUCUAGCGAUUCCGAUAGCAUCGAGUCGGAGGGGCAAGAGGAUCUCCUGGGCUACAUGACGCGCUGCUUUCACGUCAUCUGCAGCUCCAGUGCUUGCCUCAAGUCGGUGAAGGCACGGGCCGAUGCCUCGCCGGGCCAGUGUCCGAUCUGUCAGAACGGCGUCACGUUCCAGUACGUCGAGCUUCGGCGGACGCGCGCCAACGCCGAACACGACGGCCAUAUCAAAAAGGCGAAGACGUCGAGAAACGGCAAGCGCGUGUUUGACAAGUAUGAAGGACCACACACCAAGACGAGGGCGCUCAUCGAAGACCUCCUCCAAACCAAGGCAGAAACCGCAUCGAAGCCGGAGGAGGCCACGUACAAGUCGGUUGUAUUCUCCACGUGGACGUCACAUCUGGACCUGAUACAGAUGGGUCUCGACAGCGCGGGAAUCACGUAUACGCGUCUCGACGGCACCAUGUCGCGCACGGCGCGGACUGCGGCGAUGGACAAGUUCCGGGAGGAUCCAUCGGUUGAGGUCAUUUUGGUCUCCAUCACGGCGGGCGGACUCGGUCUCAACUUGACGGCGGCAAACAAUGUGUAUGUGAUGGAGCCGCAGUACAACCCGGCGGCAGAGGCACAGGCGAUCGACCGGGUCCACAGGUUGGGGCAGAAGCGACCUGUGCGGACUGUGCGUUACAUUAUGCGGAACAGCUUCGAAGAGAAGAUGCUGGAGCUGCAGGAUAAGAAGAAGAAGCUUGCCAGUCUCAGCAUGGACGGCAAGGACCGAGUGCUUGAGAGGGGUGACGCCGCACGACAGAGGUUGAUGGAUCUUCGCAGUCUCUUCAAGUAG